AUGUAACCAAUAAUCAUUAUUGAUUCAAAUUCUGUUUAUGAUUGUAGAACCCAUAGUUUAAUUAAAUCAUGCAAAUUUGAUAUCAACAUCAUUUUAGGAUCUUUUAGUAAAACUAUACCUAAAGAUUAAUGGUUAGCAAAAAUGAAAACUAUAUCCUUACUUCUUUUAACUAGAUUUCCAUAAGAAAUUCCUAAAAUCUUUUAAAUACUUGAAGUAUAAGGUUGUAAAACUGAUUUUAUUAAAGAAGUUUAUACAUUAGAAGAAAUCUAAGUAAUUUUGUAAUAAAUACUUGAAAAUAAUGAAAAGAAGUUAUUUCCAUAGAACUAUUCAAUAAAUUAAAUAGAUAAUAUAGAAUUUGAUAGAAAUAUACUUAAGAGUGAUCUUAAAUUACCUACUUAAACAUAAGUAAUUCCAUAAUUACCAGAAGAUUUAUAAAGAAACAUUCCUUUAACACUGGAUACAAAUUUAAAUAAUUUGGUUGAAAAUUUAAAAGGAUUUUGUAUUAAAUAUUCUUGGUGGAAUCAAUUUUAUAAAAAAAUUACUUAAGCAAAUAAUUAAACUGAUGCUGAAUAGGCACUUAAUGAAAUAGCUCCAAUUUUAUUUUAAAGAUUAAAUAAUCUAAAAAAUAACAAUCAAAAUCAUUAAUUAAAUUUAUAAAAUAAACAAAAUGAUUUUUCAAAAUGUUAAAUGGAAUAAAUAUGCUAAAGAUUACUAGAAUUAAUUAAUUAUAAUGAUCUUGAUGUUGAAUUUACAGAUAUUAAUUUAUUUGAAAUUGGUGAUGAAUAAUUCCUAGAAUUUCUAUCUAUACUUUUUUAAGUAUUAAAACAAAUGAUGAAAAUAAAUGCAAAUAUAGAAAUCAAUCAAAAUGAGGCGAUAUUUUCACUCACUGGAGUUGUAAAAAGAUUUCAUAAUUAUUCAUAAAAUUAAUUAUUAAUAUAAUCACAUAUAUUUGCAAUUUAAUUAUUAGAGAAUAUUAGGAGAUAAACUUAAAUAAAUGAAAGUACUUUUGAAAUUGUUGCUUCAAUUUUUAAAUAAUUAAUGCCAGAUGAUAGUGAACCUUUAAUUAGAACAUUAGCAGAUAGAAUUGAAUUUAAUAAAUAGUUAAGAGAUAAGAAAAAAAUGGCUAAAGAUAUGAAAUAAUAAGUAUAACAACAAAUAAACUUUAAUUCAAAUCAAAUCAAAAAGUAAAAAAAUAAUUAAAUUAAACAAAAAUAAUUAGAUGAUUAUUUAAAAUUAGAAAUAGCAAGAAAUUAAUCAAAGGAAGAGUAUUUUCCUAAGAGAAAAGUUAAAAAAAUCAGUAAAACUAUCACAGUAAAUACUUCUGAUGAAUCUUAUUAAUCAUCCUUCUCUUUCAAAGGUGAAGAAAAGGUAUAAAAAGAAUAGAAACCAACAUAUUUUCCAAAAUUACAAUAGUAUAAAUAAUAUCCACCUAUGAUGUAUCCAUAUUAUACUCCAUAUUGUUGGUAAUAUCCUUAUUAACAACCUCUUUAAAAUCAAAAUUAAUUUAAUGAAUAAUAAUUAUCUCAAAUUUUCAAUAUGGGUUUAGAAGCGUAUGGUGAUAGAAUUCUUCGAGAUUGA